AGACAUUCUAGUUAAUAAGGUUUAAGAAAAUACUUUUCCGGUAAUAGACCCCCUCCAGACCGAAUUCUCUUCCUUGACCCUUGCCUUACUCCCCUAGUGGCAAAGCCGGCAACCUAACAGGCCCGCUCUGGGGCCUUUGUUCCCAUUGGGGUCAUGUGAGUCUUGACCGCGACCUUUAACCUAGUUGGUGGGCAUUGGGAAUCGCUGGUCUUGGAACGUGGACUCAGUGACCGUUGGCCACUCUUGUGCGGCAACGGCUGGGGAAAUGUCUGAAAAACUACGACGAUGCAGAAAGGAGCUGACUGCUGCUAUAGACCGAGCCUUUGAAGGAGUCAGGCAUUCUCAGGAGUGCACAGCCCAGCAGAGGCUGGACGCCCAGUCGCUCACCUCCCUGCCGGUACACAGGCUCCUCUGCAGAAACCCACUGGCUGCUUGCCCUUCUGCUGCCCCGUGCUCUGGUGCCUCGUGUGCUCCUGAGAGUGAGAACCGGGCCUUCGGGACACACCAUAUUCCAGUUAAUGCAAAACCUCAGCCUCUAUACCCCAAAAGAAAACCUCUGACCAGCAAGGAAAAUGUCUUGAUGCAUUCUUCCAUUUUGGCACGUGACAGACAGUUUUGGAGAGCUGCAGGUGAUGGGGAAGACUGGAGAAAAGAAAGUUUAAGGAAGGAUAUGGAGAGAGAUUUAAAAGCUGACCCAAAUGUACUGCUCAGCAGUUCUAGCCAAGAGGUCACAAAGGAUCUGCUAGACAUGAUUGACCAUACAAGUAUCCGAACUAUUGAAGAAUUGGCUGGAAAACUAGAAUUUGAAAAUGAAUUGAACCGUGUGUGUGGACACUGCCAAGAUUCACCCUUCAAGGAGGAAGCAUGGGCCCUGCUUGUGGAUGAGAGUCCUCAGAAGGCUUUGGACACUGACCCCGGCAGCCUCAAGCAGGCUCUGGAUGAUGAGAAUAUAGUUGAGACUGUUCUGGACUUGGAAGAAGACUACAACUUGAUGACUUCUUUUAAAUACCAAAUAGAGUGAGGAGAGUGGAUGUCAGCAACCACGGUGGUUACCAGAACAAGUCUUCACGAGGGGUUGGCAGAGCCCGAAUUGCCAUACCUUAAUUUCUGCUGAAUCCCAUUUUGAGCUGAGAGCCCAGGUUUUAGUUCUGUUAUUUUGAAAUGUUUGAAAAGUUUUUUUGGACUUGACAUUUUUUUAAAGUGUAUUCUUGGUUGGUGUUGAAUAUAUACAGUCCCCAGGAUAGGUUAUAGGUUGUGCCUCUGCUCUUUGUCCUUGUAUUCUUUUAUAUGAAUCCCUGGAACCAUAAAAA